ACAGCUCGGGGAGCCUAGCGGUUCUAGCCACGCCGGCCGACGGCAGGUCCUGGAAGAUGGAAAUUAUAUGACAGAAUAUUUGGGUAACAUCUUCCUGAAAGAUCUUCAAGGACUACAGAAGACAAAAACACUAAUGCAUUUGAGAAAGUGGUAAAGUUGGGGGGGAGGGGAAGAACCCUGCUUUCCUGAUUUGCAACUUGCCUGGAUGCUAAGAUGUCGGUGGACAUGAAUAGCCAGGGGUCUGACAGUAAUGAAGAGGACUAUGACCCAAAUUGUGAAGAAGAGGAAGAGGACGAGGACCCUGGGGACAUCGAGGACUAUUACGUGGGCGUGGCCAGCGAUGUGGAGCAGCAGGGGGCCGAUGCCUUUGAUCCCGAGGAGUACCAGUUCACCUGCUUGACCUACAAGGAGUCCGAGGGUGCUCUCAAUGAGCACAUGACCAGCUUAGCCUCUGUCCUGAAGGCCGUUGAUGCUCACUGCCAUCAGCUGCAUCCUCCCUAUGGCACUGGUGUCUCAUUCAGUUGCUAAACUUAUAUUAGUUAAUUUCCACUGGCAAGUUGCAGAGAUAUUGGACAGAUACAAGUCUAACUCUGCUCAGCUGCUUGUUGAGGCUCGAGUUCAGCCCAGUCCAUCGAAACAUGUCCCCGCAGCCCACCCCCCUCACCACUGCGCGGUGUGCAUGCAGUUCGUGCGGAAGGAGCACCUCCUCUCUCUGGCCUGUCAGCACCAGUUUUGCCGCAGCUGCUGGGAGCAGCACUGCUCAGUGCUUGUCAGAGACGGCGUGGGUGUGGGUGAGUCUGCUCUCGAGCUUCUACAAGACUGGCCUCAACUGUUUAUCUCUGACUCGGCCCUUUCAGGAGUCUCUUGCAUGGCUCAGGACUGCCCACUUCGAACACCAGAGGACUUUGUAUUUCCAUUAUUGCCCAACGAAGAACUAAGAGACAAAUACAGGCGCUACCUCUUCAGGGACUAUGUGGAGAGUCAUUACCAGCUCCAGCUGUGCCCCGGUGCCGACUGCCCCAUGGUCAUCCAGGUACAAGAGCCCCGAGCUCGCCGCGUCCAGUGCAGUCGGUGCAGCGAGGUCUUCUGUUUCAAGUGUCGUCAGAUGUAUCACGCCCCCACAGACUGCGCCACGAUCCGGAAAUGGCUCACCAAGUGUGCAGACGACUCUGAGACGGCCAACUACAUUAGUGCUCACACGAAAGACUGUCCCAAGUGCAACAUCUGCAUCGAGAAGAACGGAGGCUGCAAUCACAUGCAAUGCUCCAAGUGUAAACACGACUUCUGCUGGAUGUGCCUAGGGGAUUGGAAGACCCACGGCAGCGAAUACUACGAGUGCAGCCGGUACAAGGAAAACCCCGACAUCGUCAACCAGAGCCAGCAGGCCCAGGCCAGGGAGGCCCUCAAGAAGUACCUGUUCUACUUCGAGAGGUGGGAAAACCACAACAAGAGCCUGCAGCUGGAGGCACAGACGUACCAGCGGAUCCACGAGAAGAUCCAGGAGCGGGUCAUGAACAACCUGGGGACAUGGAUCGACUGGCAGUACCUGCAGAACGCUGCCAAGCUCUUGGCCAAGUGUCGCUACACCCUGCAGUACACGUACCCGUAUGCGUACUACAUGGAGUCUGGACCCAGGAAGAAACUGUUUGAAUACCAGCAGGCUCAACUGGAGGCUGAGAUCGAAAACCUGUCCUGGAAAGUGGAGCGCGCGGACAGCUAUGACAGGGGGGACUUAGAAAACCAGAUGCACAUAGCAGAGCAGCGGAGGCGGACCCUGCUGAAGGAUUUCCACGACACCUAGGCUGCCCUCGGCGAGCGCGAGGGAGGAAGAGGUGGCUGGAGCUCGCCCGGCUGCUGUUCUGCAUGCUGCGGCUCUGCCUCUCACGACCCCAGGCAGCAGCCAGGCCUACUCCUGAGAGACCCUGGCACUCACCUCAGCCACUUCUGUUCUGUUUCAUCUUUCUUUUUGUUUCUCCUACGGUCGAGGCCCUGUUGAAUUGGCCUCUUCAGGAUUUGUAAUUCCCCCUGGACGGUUGUUGGGAGGGAGGGAAAGUUUUUUUGAAUGACUAUUAAUAGUAUUAGCUCAUUACAACUUAUGUGAUUUUCAAAGGUUGGAAAAAUGUACCAAAAAAAACACAGAAAAAGGAAUCCAACCAUAGAAUUACACAGAACCUUUUAAAAAAAUAAAUUGGCAUUGGAGUGUUCGCCCUCUAGCUAUUGUCCUUAGAACGCAGCGUGCUGCCUGACCACCGGCCUCUGAAUGUGCACUGUAGGCCAGUGUGGCCUCUGCUUCCCGAUUCGCUUGGUGUUUGGGGUCCCAAGAGAGGAGCAUGGGUGGCAGGUGGGGACUUGAAUUCGCCUGUGCAACGGGCCUGCUCCUGCAGACCUUCGGUCAGGUGCCCUGCCAGACCCUACAGGGCGCAGGCAGUACAGGGCAGGGCUGGCCACGGGCGUCUGAUCGUCCUGGGUGGUGCUGCCUGUGGGCUCAUCUUGAUUCUUGAAGGUGAGGCUCACCAGGUCUGGCUCCUGAAGCCGGAGCCCACAGCAGAGCAUGGAUGGCGGUCUUGUGGCGCCAGACCAGGGACAGGAGUGGAGCAGUGUUUCCGUUUGCCUCCUAAAGACAGAGAUCCACUGUCAAAGGGGAUUGUUCCCCAAAAUAACUUUAAUCUGGUCCCUUCUUUUGGGCAGUAUUCAGGGGGUGACUGACCAAGUGCUCACGCAGCGUCCCUGGCACUGUCCUGCCCGCUCCUCUGGCGAACCUCGGGUCGGAGGGCAGCGUGGCCCUUGCGAGGGCACCGGUCGUCCCGGCUCCGGGCCCUGUUUGCACAGGUGGUUUUCCUGUUACCUGGAGUGUCCGCAGCUCUGGGGCUUGGGCGCUCUCCCCUCGCCUGACUUCAGGUGUCAGAGGGCUCCACCUCCAGGGUCUGAGAGUCUGAGACCAGGAGAGCCCUUAGUCUGUGGUCCCGGCUCCUGUAGGAGGAGGGGCUGGCCAGGGAGAGGGCCAGGGCUUGCACAGCUGAGCCCAAAGGAGCAGGUGGUUCGUUCGCUGGUGUCCUGAGCCUGGUCCUGUGGGCCUCCGGAAAGUUAAAUCUGGUCUCGGUUUCUGUGGCUGCGUGGUGCCUGCACGCUGAGGCUGCCAGAGCUCUGUGCUCGACCUCCUUGACCUCCUGGGAGACGUAUAAAUAUUGUGGUGGAAAUUCUUUGAUAUUCAAACAUUUCCACCUCAGCAGUUUCCCAGGUGCCAUGGUUGUAAACGGCGUUACUCUUGGAGACAGGAAGCUUGGCUCUCGGGGUCACGGGCACACAGCUGGGCGCGGUUCCCUUUCUCUCCGCUUGGUUUUGUCCGCUCCUGUUCUCUCUUGCGAGGGGCGGACUGUGUUCGGAGAGGGAGAACAGCUAGUGUAGCCAAUGAGCCCAGGAUUGGACGGGGCGCUCCCAGAACCAGGAGAGCCUGUGGGGCCUGGUGGGGUGUGAACGCUGCGCUGGCACGUGGAUGGUCCUGCUUACCUCCUGUCUUGCUGUGUCGCCGGCGCGGCCCAGGAGCCGAGCUGCAGCUCUCGCCGCGGUCGCAUCCUGGGCGCCCUGCAUGUUGUGGACUGCACAGCCGCCGUGUGCCCGCGCCUGGAUCCAGCUGCAGCCCAACCGCUGGCGCUGCGGAGGCUCGGUGCCGACCACAGCCUGCGGGCCUGGCCCGGGGGAGGCCCGGCGGAGCUUUCCUGCCCCGAGAGGGUAGGAGAUGAAGAAGGCACUGUGUUCUCAUGAAUUUGCCGUAUAUCUUUGUUUUCUUCAAAGAAAAAGUUGAGGUCAUGUCAUCUGCUCAAAGUUGAGUAGUUUAUUCAAAAUAAAUUGAAAGUUUCUGAUUA